AAUUGAAAGAAAAAAUGUGGCGCUUGACAGAUUGGGAACAGGACAGGUAAGGAUUACCGCCCUAGCCAGGGUCCUGCGUUGACCUCAGGAAGCCCAGAGACGCCGUCGCCUCCAGGGCUCCUGGAAUCCUCGAUGACAGUAUCCACUGCAACCCCUGGGCCUCCAACACUCACAGUGGGAGAGGCCUCAGAGUCCACCCAGACCACUGGAUCCCAAACGUUCUCUCCUCAAGUGAGCCAACCAGGAUGCGGCCACAGGUCUAUGAGGACAGUUGGGGGAAUGCCGGCCCCCAGGAGGAAGUGGCCCUGGCAGGUGAGCCUGCAGAUCAAUAACAGACACAUAUGCGGAGGCUCCCUCAUUGCCAGCCGGUGGGUGCUGACCGCUGCCCACUGCGUCACUGGCCAUGAGGAAUAUACAGUACAGCUGGGAGACAAAUCGUUAUAUCCUAAUUCCAAAACGACACUGGUGGUUCCAGUUGAAGACAUCGUUUGCCACCGUUUUGAUGAUACAACUUUGAGACACGACAUUGCCCUCGCUCUGCUGGCCUUUGCUGUGAAUUACUCCUCCUACAUCCAGCCUGUGUGCCUCCCUGAGAAGUCUUUCCAAGCAGAAACCGGGACGGAGUGCUGGGUGACUGGCUGGGGCCGACUGGAAGAAGGAGGUGAGACUGAUGGGGUGGGGGGGAGCUGA